CUGUCUUCAUUUCUGCGGCCAGAUGGACAUCAGCUGGGCUGGGACUCUGCCAGCUCAUGGAGCGGCCCCAGAAUCCAGCCCGUUUUGGAUACCCACUGCCAGGGGAGCACAGCAGCUCGUGUCCUACCUCCACAGUGCUUGCUCUGUGCCGGCUGCUGCCCAUCACCAUGCUUUUCCCCAGCACUUCAAUUAGGACCAUGAGUUUGAUUGCAGGAUGCAGAACCAGCUGGAGAGACUGAUGGGGAUACAGGAAGGAAACAGCAAAAAAAACCAUCCACACCUCUUCAAAACAAACAAAAAAAUCCUUAAAAACUCCAGAGCUUAUUUUUAUCUUUGAAGCAGCAGCUUCAAAUCCCAAAUUCUAUAACCAGCUCUGUCCUGGGGGGAGACAGGGGGCGAGCAGAGCCAGUGGCUUGUGCCCAGCAUCACCCAUGCCAUGCCUCUCGCAGCCCAGCAGCGAGCUGGCUGAGCGGAGAGCUAGGGCAACCUCAGGGCUAUUUAUAGCAAGUUAGAAACGAACCCGGUUUUUACAUCAUUAUGUCUUUUGCAGAGCUCUGUUCUUACAGGGAAAUAUUUCAGGAAUCCUGAAGAAAACGGGGAGGCAGAGGGAGCUGUAUUUUGGGUUUAAGGGCUGGGAAGGGGCUUGCUGGCCCUGCAGCCGCUCACGCGGGGCAGGGACCGUGCGGGCACUGGGCUGGGAAGCAGCAGCCGGCUGGGAACUGCCUCCUUUUGCAUAACUGCUGCAUUUUUUUCCCCAUCAGUAAUCUAUUGCUCACUGCUACCCCGGGGGAGGAACAGUCUGUGUGUAUGGGAGGCAGGAGAGCAAAUAUGGUAAAAUAUUUGGGCAGCUUCCCUAGGGAAAAAUCCUGAGUCAUUCUUCUGAAUUACACUGGGGUCCUUAUUGUCCCUGGCUGCAGUGGGGCAUUAAGGUUGUGCCUUAAAGACUUGCCCGUGUGAGAUCUGGUGCACAGCAGCACGCUGGAAGGUCGAGGCACGUCCGCUGGAGCUGACAGCAUCCCGGGGCCAUGUCCUCAUGUGCAGCGUGCCAGCCAAACCCACUGACAAGUCUUAGCACGCUCCUCCCGUGUCCGCCUCCUCCCCACUCGGGGGGACCUUCUGCCUCCUUUGCAGAUGGACUGAGCAAACAGACAUCCCCAAAAAGCCCUGUCCUGCAGAGCGGCCGGCGUGGGGCCAGGUGAGACCCUGCCAGCAACACACCCUCCUCCCCUCGGGUGCUGGGCUGCAAAUCACUUGAGCUUCCUCCUAAACCAGAUCGAUGGAUAAACGCUCCAACACCCUUAUUCCUGACCACGUGCACGUGGACUUCGUGCUGCAGCUGACCCGAUCCAACUGAAAGUAAACAAACUGGGAGGGGGAACGGGCUGCUCUGACCUGCAGAUAUGCCACGUCUCUCCAUUUCCUAUAUUUCUCCCAGGGCACUGCUGAAACAUGUCCCUCACCACCAGGAGGGUUCAUCCCUUGCUCAUGGUUAGACCGGACUAACCACACUGUUAGCCUGCCUGGAGAGAGAAGGAUGAUGGAAAAAAAAAAAAAUCUACUGAAACCCAAUGUUUUCCUGCUGGUCUGAGCAGGGAAGCAAAAAAACAACCAGCAAUGCCCAUGAGCUCUUUCCAGCCACCAGCACCAGCUCCUUGGCCAGUGAAUGACUCUGUGCAUGGUCAGCACCUGCUUGCUGCAGCCACCGCUGCAAGCCACGCAGCGCGGCAGACCCCGGCGGAGCCACGCUGCCGUCCCAGAGGACACCCUGCCGUGCCUGAGACACAAGCUUUACAGGGAGGAGCUGAACCUAACCUCCCCAGCAGCACCGCUGCUGCUCCGGCCAGAGGCCAGCUGGCUCCAGUUCCACCUGGGCAUCAGCCGGGACGGGCUCUACCCACGCUCCAGCCCCACCAUCAACAGGCUCCUCCGGGACAUGCAAGACUUCACCACUAUCAGUGCAGACUACAGCCAGGACGAGAAAGCGCUGCUGGGGGCCUGCGACUGCAGCCAGAUCGUGAAGCCCAGCGGCGUGCACCUGAAGCUGGUCCUCAGGUUCCAGGAUUUUGGGAAAGCCAUGUUCAAGCCCAUGAGGCAGAAACGCGAGGAAGAGACUCCCGAGGACUUUUUCUACUUCAUUGACUUCCAGCGGCACAACGCGGAGAUCGCCGCCUUCCACCUGGACAGGAUCCUGGAUUUCCGGAGGGUGCCACCCACGGCUGGGAGGUUGAUCAAUGUCACCAAGGACAUCCUGGAGGUCACCAAGAACGAGAUCCUGCAGAGCGUCUUUUUUGUCUCACCAGCCAACAACGUGUGCUUCUUUGCCAAGUGCCCAUACAUGUGCAAGACUGAGUACGCCGUGUGUGGGAACCCUCACCUCCUGGAAGGGUCCCUCUCUGCCUUCCUGCCAUCCCUCAACCUGGCACCACGACUCUCCAUCCCAAACCCAUGGAUCCGGUCCUACUCGUUUGAUGGAAAAGAGGAGUGGGAAGUGAAUCCGCUCUACUGCAACACGGUGAGGGAGAUCUACCCCUACAGCAAUGGCAACCGGCUGCUUAACAUCGUUGACAUGGCCAUAUUUGACUUCCUAACAGGGAACAUGGACCGUCACCACUAUGAAAUGUUCACCAAGUUUGGGGACGACGGCUUCCUCUUACACCUGGACAACGCCAGAGGGUUCGGGCGGCAUUCCCAUGAUGAAACCUCCAUCCUGGCCCCGCUCUCCCAGUGCUGCAUAAUAAAGAGGACAACAUUACUACGACUGCAGCUCUUGGCCGAGCCCGAAUACCGGCUCAGCGACGUGAUGAGGGAAUCCCUCCUGCAGGACCGCCUGGCACCUGUCCUCACCGAACCUCAUCUCUUGGCCUUAGACAGACGGUUACAGCUUAUCCUGAAAGCUGUGAGGAAAUGCAUAGACACCUACGGAGAAGCCAAGGUGGUGGCCAAUGACACCAUGCAGCCCGAGGCUCCUGCAUCUGACAGAGUGAAGCUGACCACUUAAACUAUCCUUAACAUGCUCAGAGGUGGGGAAAACCCCUGCAAGGCAAGUGUUUUAGUAGCUGGUAAUUUCCAUCUACAAACACUUGUAGAGACUGAAAGGGGAAGCUCUUCAAAUUGUCUUCAGGAAUCACACUGGGCUUCUCUGCUGGGUACUCAACCAAAGCUGCUGUGCUUGGCCCAUGUGUUGGUAGGUUGUGGUCUGACUGCAGCAGACCUUUACACCCUGAACGCCAGCUCUCUGGUGGGAAAGCAGUGAUCUCCGGUUCUGUAGCCGGCCAUGCCCUUGGGAGGGCGGGGAGCACAUGGCCCUUGGUUUGCUCAGCCAGCACAGCAUCUCAGCAUUGCUAGUGAAGGACACAAACUAGAUCCAAGGAUGAGGCUUGAAUAAAGAGAUGCCAGGAGAAUUUUCCUCUUAA